AUACAAGCUGUUUGAAGUCCUCUGCAGAAGGCUAGGGAACGUGAGCCCAUGCAAGCCGGACCGCAUCUUGGGCGGGUGUACUACCGGUCCUGGGUGCGAAUCGCGCCAAUCCUCCGUGGUGGGUCGAGGCGGCAAGCUCAGCACAUGGACCGCGAAGUCGUUUCAUUUGGACUGCUCAUGAGCCAUUCCGACGCUCAGUGAGAGCGCGGCAGUGCCAUCAUUCAGCCGAUCCAGCGAGGAAGCGAUGGGGUAUAAUGCAAUCAUCUCAUCAUGCAGAGACGUGUGGGUUUCCUCGACCUUGCGGCGGUCCCAUGUCUCUUCGCGACAGUGCCAGAAUACUUGUGUACACGGGCGCGCCGUUCGUCGACAGACCAAUCACUGAUGGUGUCUGGAACCAUUCAUCGCUGAACUGUGUCCGAAGAGGGUCUACGAUUGAGAGGACGCCAAAAUGAAGGAGAUAGUAGCAUUGCCUUCGUAGAGAGUCGUUUCCACGCCAGCGGUGAGGAUGAACUACAGGUCCGACUAAUAUCCCCUUACUCAGUGGUGGUCGCCUAAAAGCGGGUAUAUGAGUGCAGCGCCACAGUUCGACUGAGCUGCCGCGCAGGGUUGUGCUG